GUUAGUCUUGGGACAAGCUCGGACCAUGCAGUGUAAAGUCCUUCUCUGCCUCUAUUUCCUGACAAUCAUAAAGUAUGUCUCCCCAACUGAUGUUUGGGUCCGGCCAUAUGCGUCUGCCCUUCUCCCCUGUUCUAUCUCAGUCCCUCCUGUAGACGACUCUCUCCUGGGGGUCAGUUGGACCUCCAAUGGAUCUCAUAUAGCCUCCUUCGGGACGACAGAUGACAACCAUGUCGACAAAGGCUUCAAUUGGGACACCAGUUUAUUUGUCAAUGGGACCUUCUCUCUGACUGUGCUUAAUGCCACUCUUGACCAACAGGGCGUGUAUGAGUGUAAAGUCAGUUACAACAUCUCCGAGCUACACUCCAGCAAUGUCACGUUGGGCAUCAAAGUUCCACCCACUCUCUCCAUUCCCUCCACGGUGGUUGUGCUGGACGUGGAGAGUGAGCUUCAGUGUAUUGCAGAGGGUUUUAGCCCUCCACUCAUCUACUUCUCCUGGACCAGAGCUGGGGAGGUGGUCCAGCUAGAGCAAGCGGUCACAGCGGUCGACCGCACCCCAGAAGGGACCUACUGGGCAGUCAACAUCUUGAAAUUCAUCCCUUUGGUGGACGACCAGAAUGUGAUCUAUGGCUGUGUGGUCACUCAUGCCGCCCUGGACAAACUGCUGAGCUUAGAGUUUCAACUCAGCUUUGUCUACCUCCCGACCGUCACCCUCUCCGCAGUGCCCUUGCCCUCCCGCGACUCUUUGCUCACCCUCUCCUGCGACAUCGAGGGCUUCUAUCCGGAGGACGUCUCUGUGUCCUGGCUACAGAAUGGCACAGAGCUCCCCGCACCUCUGCUGAGCAAGGCGGGCCCGGACGGCACCUUCAGAACCAGGCGCUACUACACCCUGAGCCCCGAGCAGAGGGAGCUGGCCGGGGAGGUGGAGUGUGUCGUCCAUCAGCCCAGCGUCACUGAACCUGUGGUCACCUCCUUAGACCUGGCCGAGAUCGACCCCAUCAUAGAGACAGAAACUGUGCUGACCAAGUCUGCCAAGGCAUCUGUGGCUCUGAUGUGCAUCUCUCUGGUGCUGGUCUUUCUGCUCUGCUUUGGCUUCUCCUGGAGAAGGAGUGAUGAGAAGCAGAAGUCUCUAAACGUAUCGGGGAUCAUUCUGCCUCCCCGGGUCAUUGUGGGUCAGAAGGGCAGGGUGACUGUUAGUGUGGAGGGGAGGAGGGUGGACAGGGUCCAGAUUACCUGGUUCCUCAAUGACACCCCCAUCUCAGACACCUCACACACAGAAUCCCGUCCCUCAUUCAAAGCGUACGCUAACAACACUAACUUUCUCCGUAACCAACUAAGCACCAUGUUUCUACCCUAUGGUCUCACUCUCAACUCCCCAGUGUCAGAGAAGGGUCCCCUGCUGCCCUCUGGUAGCAACAUGGGCUAUUACAAGCUGCACACACAGGGCCCGCUGCACUCGACGGGGGACAGCAGCAAGCAGCGACUGCUGUCCUCGCUCUCCUUCAUCCCCCAGAUCUGUAUCCACAAGGGGGCGGUGUUCAAGUGCCAGGUGUCUUAUGUGGGGAAAGACAAGGUGGUGGUGGAGAGGGUGUCGGACAAGUUCACCAUAUUAGCUCCCCCUGAGGUCUCAGAGAUUCAGCUCACAGAGGCAGGUGUUGACUCCGGUGUGGUCACCCUGACCACCCAGGCCUCGCGCUUCCAUCCAGACAUUAUCACCUUCCGUUGGUUCUGCCAGGGGGGUGAACUGAGCCCCGUGGCCUCCCAGGCCCUGUCUGCCCCACGGCCCGACACCCAGGGCUUCUUCUCAGCCAUGAGCCAGUGCAAGCUGCCCCGCGCCGAGCUGGAGCACGGCGGCACCAAGGUGUGGGUGAGCGUCCAUCACAUUGCCCUCAAGCUCCCCGUCACCCGCGAGACCCGAGGUUUCAUAAAGAGGCCCAACGUGUCUGAGAUUAUCAGCUCCGCCUCCUUCCCUAGUCAACAUUUGACAUUGGGCUGUGACAUGACUGGGUUUUACCCUCCAGACAUCUCGGUUACCUGGCUCCGUCUGAGGGAGGGAGAGGUGGAUGACCGAGAGGAAGAGGUGAUAGAAGGAGGAGAAAUCUGGGGCCCCAUGCUGAGUGGUCCCAGUACCUACCGUGCCAAUGCGACUCUGAGGAAGGGGGAAAUAAAGGAGGAGAAGAAGGAGAGAGCAGGAGGGGUGGUGUGCCGAGUGGAGCACUGUUCGCUGGAGGAGCCCAUCGAGAGACGGUGGAGAAACGUUAAUAUCGCUGCUCCCUCCAUCCCCUCCUCUCUUACUGUCCGUUGGACCAGCGAGGGUGUUGGGGUUUUCUCUCUCCUGUUGACGGGAGGCCACCCAAAAGCUAAGGUGCUUUGGGCAGCUGGGGGCACCACCCUCAUACCGCUGGUGUCCAACGAGACAGGCGGGAAGGGAGAGGACGGACAGAGAGAGCUUAGGAGCGUGUGUGUAUUGGAGAGAUCCACUCGCAGGCUCAGUCAGACAGACGGAAAUGGUCAGAUGGACAGUCGGAAAAACGGACACACACUUAAAACAAAAGCCGCAGUCACGGACCCCGACGCGGAAGGAAUAGAGUACAUCGACGAAAGAGACGGAGAGAACAACAACGUGGAAAGAAAGGUGACGCAGAUGGAGGUGGAGGACGAGAGUGGGGAAGAGGGAGAAGAAGGAAUGGAAACGUUGCACAUAAACAGGGUGAACGUGAGAAAGGGGCCUAGAGGGGACGAGAGAGCACGACUGAGAGUGAGCGUGGAGAUCACCCACCCGGCCCUCAAGCUGCCUGUGCACCGAACAUGGACAGAGCCCAAUGAAGAGGUUUCAUCUUCACUGUGAAUGAGGCUUACAGAAGGUGUUUUUUUAUAACAUAGAUUUAAAAUACUUAUAUGGUAUACGUCUCCUCAGAAUGUCAAACUUGAUCUUAUAACUAAACAUUUCACUGCUAGUUUACACCUGUUAUUUACGAAGCAUGUGACAAAUACAUUUGAUUUGAUGCUUAUUCCCGCAUGACGUCAUUUGUAAUUGUAUGAUUCAUACAUUUCAUAUUAAUUUCAUAUUUCGUUUCAUGUUCCAGUACAAAGUUUGUCGCAUAAUCUUCUAAAAAUGUAUUAAUUUUCAAAAAUGUAAUUUUGUCAAUAAAAUUUUGGUCCACGUUUUAUGCAGAUUUUCAUUUAAGUUUGGGGAAUAAAACAGUUCUCUAUCUUU